CCAUGGCUGAGACACGUGGAUUUUUAAAGAAUACACUCAAGAAACAAACUCAGACGUACACACAGGUCCAGUUACAACAGCCUACAAAUAUGCACCAAUCAGUCAGAUCAGAUAUGAGGAGCUCCCCUGCUCUCCUUGCAAGCUGCAGAAGUCAGCUGUGCACUAGAUGGCACUUCUGUACAACCAGUAGCCUUCACAUGUCAUCAAUGACUGACAGAAAAGAGAGUGACAACAUACAAAGACUAGAUAUUUGUUCAGAGAGCACAGAAGAGAGAAAAGAAGAGGAACCUCUGACCCAACAGGAAGCCAUCAUGGACGACACAGCGGAUCCGUUUUCUGAUGUUGAUUUGUGGCAAAACGACAGCUUCAUGUUCAAUAUGACGGCUGCUAACACCAGCUCUACUGCUUUCAAGCCUCUUUUGCCGCCUACAAUGGACAAAAUCAUCAACAUACUUUUAAUAGUCCUCUUAUUCAUCACCAUGGUCUCACUGGGAUGCACCAUGGAGGUGUCCAAGAUCAAGCGUCACAUAGUGAAACCUAAGGGAGUGGUGAUAGCAGUGUUGGCCCAGUAUGGUAUCAUGCCUCUCACAGCGUUUUGCUUAGCUAAGGCGUUCCAGCUGGCUGAAAUGACUGCUGUGACGGUGUUGAUCUGUGGAUGCUGUCCAGGAGGGACCCUCUCCAACCUCCUGGCCCUGGCUCUGCAGGGGGACAUGAACCUCAGCAUUGUGAUGACUUCCUGCUCCACGUUGUUGGCUCUGGGCAUGAUGCCGCUGCUGCUCUACCUCUACUGUCAGAGCUUUGCCAAUGUGCAGAACGCUGUGCCCUAUGUUGACAUCAUUAUAGCACUGUUCACGAUCCUCAUACCCUGUGGUAUCGGCAUCCUCAUCAACUACUACAGGCCACAGUACUCUAAGACCAUCACAAAGGUCGGCCUCUCUAUAUCGAUGAUUUCUGUCACGGUGAUCGGCAUCUUUACCUGCACUGAAAUCGGAGGCGCCAUAUUCACCGUGCUGAAUCCUCCCGUCAUCGCCAUCGGUGCUCUCAUGCCCUUCAUAGGCUACACUUUCGGCUACAUCAUCUCCUCGCUCUUCAAACUCAACCAGUCGGAACGGAGAACCGUUGCUAUGGAAACAGGCUGUCAGAACACCCAGCUGUGCGCCACCAUUCUGAAGAUGGCCUUUACUCCAGCGACAAUAGGCCCUCUGUUUCUUUUCCCCAUCUUCUACCUGUCCUUCCAGCUGACGGAGGGGGUGCUGCUCGUCGUGCUGUUCAGAUGUCACCAAAGGUUCACACGGAAAGAGAAAAACACGUACCAGCCAACAACUACUGAAGAGGAGUUGAAAUCACCUACAGAGGCGUCUGUAUGAUGGACAGACCUCAAAACACCCAAAUUCCGUCUACAGACGUGAACGCUUACUGAGUAAGAAAAGACUUGUGGGUCACUGAAAGGACUCCUGCUCUACUUGAAGCAUAUGAAGGAUGUAUAACUGCAGGGAAACCGUUUUGUGCUGUACAUGUCAAUUUGAAAUUGUUAGUAUCGCAACUUAUUAUCAAAGCACUAAUAAACACAAAGUGCGUGAUUUUGUUAAAAUGAUUUUAUUGUUAAGUCACUUGUCUUCCUACACCAUACAAACAUCCAUAUUUUUCACUGAAAAUAAAACCCUUAUGUACAAAAUGUUUUUGUGUUUGUUUUUUUCCCCCAAACUUGUCUAUUUGUCCAUUUGAACCACAUUAACAGUCACAGUACCAACAAGUAUUCUUGGAAUUACAUUUAAACACUUAAAACAAAAGUCUGCAAUGCUGUACACAAACCCCGAAUCCAAAACCAAAAAAAAAAUAUAUUUAUAUAUAUACGCUUUCAUAACAGUAAAAUAAACCAUAUUAUGUAAGCAACACUGUUUUAAGUGUUGAAAUUAGAGUUGAUCAUAACCUGAACAGUUAUGCAUCUCACAACAAAAAUGUCACUCAAACUAAAUUUUUAAGAUCCAUGAAAAUAACAGUUUCUUUUUUUUAUCUGGUAGAACAAUGUGCAUUAUUGUACACAGCUGCCAAUGCCAGUCAUAAUGCUGCUUGUGUAUGAGCUUUAAACAAAAAUUUAAAUAUUUUAAAUAACAGGAUUUGAAAUAGUGAUCAAACAACUAUGUAGUCAUAAAGAUCACAUGCCAUCUGUGGUGGGUACAGUAGGUCGAAAAAUAGGGGAGAAGAGGUGAAAAACAUGAGCGAUAAGGACAUAAUUGAAAAAUUCUUCCACUGACAAGCAAAAACAAGCAAAAGUAUCACAAAAAAAAAAGUAAAUAAAGUGGUCACACUACAUAUCAAAAGCAUCCAGGUACUGUUGAAAAAUACAGAUUCCCUCUUCAAAGUCUGUCAAAGUGUAGAGCUUCGUAACUUUACAAGCCCAAAAAAGUGAAACCCGACACUGGUUCACUUGUGCAUUUUUAUUUAUUUUUUUGACAGACAGUGGUGUGUGUCUCGUUGUAAAAACAGGGAUGGAUAAAUUCGGAGGUGAGGGGUCACUGGGUGUAAACAUAACAAGCCUUAUUAUUUACAAAUCGUUUCCAUGGGCCCAGGAAGGAUUCAUACUCGAUGGGUAAUGACGGAAAAUGACGAACAGCUUCACUGUCUAACGAGUGUCUCCUGUUAAGCUGGUUUAAUUUAAAUGCCCUACGAUGAAAAUGGACCAUCUGACUUAAUAUGUAUCAGUCAUUCCUGUCUGAUGUGUCUUGUGGAUAGUU